AUGAUUGUCAGCUCCGACAACAGUGCGGAGACCUGCAAGGCCGCCUGCGUCGGUUAUGCUUACUACGGGCUGCAGUACAGAGAAGAGUGCUUCUGUGGCACUGAGGACGAGGAUUACACCAUCUACGGCGAGUCCAACAACUGCGUUGCCUCCUGCACCGGAGACGCUUCGUCCACGUGCGGCGGAAAUUGGGCCAUGGAUGUGUACGCCAUGGACGACCUGCAAGGCCGUCUGCGUCGGUUACGCUUACUUCGGGCUGCAGUACAGGGAAGAGUGCUUCUGCGGUACUGCGGACGAGGAUUACACGAUCUACGGCGAGGCCGACAACUGCGUUCUCGCCUGCACCGGAGACGCUUCGUCCACCUGCGGUGGCGCUUGGGCCAUGGAUGUGUACGCCAUGGACGGCGACGUGACGGCCCCGCCUGCCACGGCGCCGCCUACCACGGCCCCGCCUGUCACCGCUCCACCUACCACGCUGCCGCCCACGACGGCACCACCUACCACGGCUCCGCCUACCACGGCCCCUCCCACCACUUCCCCUCCUACCACGGCCCCGCCUACCACGGCACCUCCUACCACUGCCCCUCCUACUACGGCACCUCCUACCACGGCCCCGCCUACCACGGCGCCACCCACCACGGCACCUCCUACCACGGCCCCGCCUACCACGGCACCUCCUACCACGGCACCUCCUACCACUGCCCCUCCCACUACGGCACCUCCUACCACGGCCCCUCCUACCACGGCCCCUCCUACUACGGCACCUCCUACCACGGCCCCGCCUACCACUGCCCCCCCUACCACGGCCCCUACUGCGGCUGUUAG